ACCAACCACAGUCGCCGCCGCCGCGGGACGCGCUCUCCUCCCCCUCAUCCCACAUCCGCCUCCUCCUCCCGUCCCGUCUCAAGGGCCAGCCGCUCCCAUUCCCCACGCUCCCGCUGCGCCUCGCCAUGCGCUGCGCCGCGUCCGCCCUCGAUGCCGUGUUCGCCCCGCGCGCGGCCACCUUCGCGUACCGCGGUCGCCACGCCGCCAUCCGGUACCUCAGGUCCAUUCCCAGCGCGUCCUGGUUCUUCCGCGUCGCCAUCCCGCGCCAGCGCUUCGGCCCCCGCCACAUGCGCCGCCUGCUCGACGCUAUCUCCGGUAAGGUCGAUGACCCCGGAUUCCUGGAGUACCUGAACGAGCUGGUCGUGUCUGAUGCAGUCGCGUUUGAGCUCGGCGGCUGCGAGCUCGGACGCGGGCUGCCACAGGAGUCGGAGCUCACAGCCACGCUGGUGAACAUAUUCUUCGAUCCUGUGGACAGAGAAUUGAUGGCCGUCCGGGAGGAAGUGCACAAGAAGAAUCCUCGAAUGAAGGAUGACAGCAUUCUGCAUACACCUGUAAGAGUCUAUGCAGUUCGGUAUCUGGAUGAAAUUCUGGUUGUGACGUCUGGUUCGAAGAUGCUCACAAUUGAGAUCAGGGACAGGAUCAUUGCAGUGUUGGAGAGGGAUUUGGAGGUGAAGGUGGAUAGGUUGGGCAGCUCAAUCCAUAGUGCUGUGUCGGAGAAGAUUGAGUUCCUGGGGAUAGAAUUCCAAGCUGUGCCACCAUCAGUCCUGCACCCACCCAUGUCAGAGAAAGCGAAGAGGGCAAGGAAGAAGUAUCUGAAGAUGAAGGCAGAAAAGGCACAGGAGCUGAAAAAUGCACGGGAGACACGGCGGAAGAAGCUCGGCUUGAAGAUACUGAACCACUUGUUCAAGAGGGUGAGGAGAGGCGAGGAGUUUGAAUUUGAUUUCCGGAUUGAGAAUGAGGCGCGGCGAGUGUUCAAGGAUUGGGCAGAGGGGGCAGUGGCUGAAUACUUCAAGUCACAGGAGCAUUGCCAAUAUUGGCACCGACUGCUCGCAUCAGGUGACUUCUUGUCAUUGACUAGGGUGAGGGAUCAAUUGCCACCUGCUUUGGUGGACUCAUAUGACAAAUUUCAAGAGACACUGGACAGGUUUUUUAUGCCUAUGAGGGACCGUGACAUGGCAGAAGAAGAAGAGAGGCUAGCAGAAGAGGAAGAAGAGGAAGAAUAUGAGAAGAGGACUGUUGAGGACCUGACAGAGUUGAAGAUGAGGGCCAAUGCGCCAAUAGAGCUUGUAAGGAAGGCAGUAAAGCUAGCUGGGUUCACAAACUCCAUGGGCCGGCCACGGCCAAUCAAGCUACUUCUCUGUUUGGAUGAUUCAGAUAUCAUCAAAUGGUAUGCCGGUGUUGGAAGAAGGUGGCUAGAUUUUUUCUGCUGUUGUAGGAACUUUAAGAUGGUCAAGACUGUUGUCAGUUACCACUUGAGGUUCUCCUGCUUCUUGACACUGUCAGAGAAGCAUGAGUGCACUAAGAGGCAAGCAAUUAGUCAUUUCACAAAGGAUUUAAAGGUAGCAAAUGAUGAUGGAGUGGCAGAAGUGCACUUCCCAACAGAACGGGAGAUCAAAAUGAUGGGUGAUAAGAACUUGUCUGACCCAAAGCCAGUGGAUGGUGCCUUGACAAUGAUAUUGGUGAGAUUGGCAAUUGAUGACACCUCAUAUCCAUGCCUGGCACAUUUUUGUGUAAAAACAGACACUGUGCUUUACAGAAUACGUUUGCUCCAAAAUCGCCUAAAUGUCGAUCCGUUGAAUGAGAAUAAGUGGGUCCAUGGACUAAGUGCCAUUCAUGAGAGCCUGAACAAGAAAUGCAUCCCCUUGUGCUCUAUGCAUGCGAGUGAUCUUCUUCUUGGCAAGAUUACACUUCAAGAUAUUGACUGUACUCAAUUUGUUGAUGUGGAAUGAGAAAAAAGAGUAUUCGCAUAAUACCUCUUGCAGAUUGUAGCUAGUGCAGUAUUGCAGGUUGUGCCCAGCAUAUUGGAUAUUGCUUUUAUUUGACUGAACACUUCAUGAUGUCCAUUUCAAAUUUCAAUGCAUGAUAGAAGAUGGAUUUCUUUUUGUUUCCAGAGAACUGCGAUGUUGCAAGUGUUGGAAUUGCAGUGUCCAGGUCUAAGAGCAAAUUGCAUAUCGAUAUACUCAGAUCAGCUUUCCUCUGAUUUUGCAGUAUGCAUUUUUCCUCCGUUAUGAGAUUGAAGAUGUACUUAAAAUCCUGUGGACUUGCCCCAGGCAACUUCAAUCAUCUCAAAAUAAUUCAUUCACAGUUGAAGGGUCUAUCUCUAUCUGCCCGGCUGGCUUGCUAAUAACUAAGUAUCGUCACAGUGAGUAUGAUGGGCAGGGCUCCUUGGUCCACCUUGGUGACAUUGUCUCCAUGCCAUUCACGCGGACAGCGAGAAACCUGGUGGUUCCCAGUGCAGCCGCGUCGUCACUUCAAACCCACAGCACCUCGAGCAGCGGUAUGCACAUUGUGACUGCAAAGUAGAGAUCACAUCGUCAUCUUGCGCAAAGAGCAAAGAGCAAAGAUCGCUAACCUGAACAAUACCAAUCAAUAUGCCAAUCAUAGAUGGCUCCAAGUCUGUUCUGCAGAUCUGGACGUGCGGGUGGGGGUGAAGUUUUGGGGGGUCGUCUGCGACUCCGCGUACAUGCUUCAAGGAGUGCAAGCACCGGAAUGGGCAUGAACGGCACCUGUUCCAGAACACAGUUCUUUCUGGGACUGUAUGGAAGUCAAACUGUUCACAGCAGCCUAAAAUAAGGCCACGGCCAGUCGCUGACUGUACACGCUGAUCCAUCUGUUCAACAGCCUGCACGGCACGCACCCUGCAGCUUUGGCACUGCAGCUGAGACUGAAAGGCUGGGAGCUUCAGAAAUGUUUUGGAGGCUCGGCGUUUCACACCGCAGCCAUUGGAACGAGUAAAAGAAUGGCCCACUUGGAACGGCAUCUCAACAGGAUCAGGAUCCCGGAACGAUUCGGGUGGAGAGGAGCACGUGAAGCUCGUCGCAUGCCCAACGCGCGGUACAGCCUGAGCUGAGCCCAUCCAUCCAUCCGAAGCUCCAGGACCUCCCAACAACCAAGAGAGAUAUCAGGCGUUCCAACUACCAAAUCACGAGUGGAACCAGAGCAAAACAACAGGCUCAAAUCGUAAGCUAAACAGGCUCUUCCAAUCGUUGUUGCUCCAGUUUGUUGUCGGCUGAAUUACGAGGAAGUUUGGAGAUGGAACUUGAAUCUACUGCAACCUUCGACUUUUGCGUUGGCACGUGGUUUUGACCUUUGGUUUACACGCAUCUUUUGCUAACGAUUUUACGCAAAA